AGUUGGAUUGAAAGGUUAACGAUACUGUUACCAUGAAUAUUCAUCACCAGGAAGUUGUAAUUGAUCCGCCAGAUGAAGAUGGAGGCCAUCGCAUUUCAUGUGGACGGAAACGGCGGAGUCGUAAGAAUCGUAAACGUUGGAAUCAAAAACGAGGAGAAAAUGAGGAAACAUCGUCUUCUUUCAUAAAUGCAAUUCAUUGUAUUGUUGCAUUUGCGAGUUGGUUUGGAAGAAAAAUGAGAAAAGUCAAUAAUGCUAUGGACUGUCUUCAUUGUUCCGAUACCAAUGAUUAUACCUCACAAGAAAAUUGUGACACUUCGUACAGAGCGCAGAAUUUCGAAAAACGGACACGUCAGUCCGGAAAAUGUAAGAUUAAAAAAGUUACAAACAACAAGACAAAAUUAACGGGAUUGAAUUCAAAGAUGAAGAUAUUUACCAAAUGCUUUUCAAAGACUCAGAAUGGCAUGAAGUCAAACAGGAAUAAAAUGGACGACAAUUUUGAUGAUCUUGGAGAAAUAAGGUCACAAUCUCAUCGAUCAGAAAAUAUAGCGCUGGAUUCGUUUUACGAGAAGGAUGAAGAUAUGCAAUGGGAAAUUUCUUCGAUAUCAACGGAUUAUUCUUUGACUUAUGUAUCGUCUUUGUCUAUGGAUAGCACCAUGAGUGAAAUAUCUUCGCUAUCUUCGAGUAUCGACGAUUUUGAUUGCGUAUCAAACAGACAUGCAAAGCAGCAGUUUGAGAUGCAGAAACAGGAAGAAGAGGAGAGAUUUGAAAAACCAAAUCUUUGGAAAGAUCUAAAGAUCGAACAAGAAUUGAGAGAUGUUGCUCAGGAAAUUACAUUGGCGGCAAUGUUUGGGGCAGUUGCCCAAAUUAAACUGGAGACUCUAAAGGUGAGCUCCGAUAUACUUGAAAUUGAAUUACAACCUGCAAAGAUGGAUCAAGAUCAUUGCAGGGGCGAUGGAGCAACGUUUCCUAAUAACAGUUGAUGAUGAUUACAACAUCUCUUGCUAGUGUUCGUUCAAUGGAAUAUUUUUUAUAUUUGACAUAUAUUCUUUCUUGCAUUUCAUGUCCACACGUUUUAAAAUAUAUUUAUAU